AUGGGUUCUAAAAGACCAAGAAGGGUUAAUACCUGCUUGUUCUGUAGGAGCAAAAAGCUUAAAUGUGAUCGGAAAUCACCUUGCUCAACUUGCGUAAAGUAUAAGAAUGUAAAUUGUGAAUAUCCCAAUAUAAAUAUCAUUCGAUUAGAGGAAGAUAAUGAACAUUUGGUUAGGAGAUUAAGUCUAUUAAAGGGACAAAUCAAGACCUUGGAGAAAUUUAUUGAACAGAAAGAUAAUGCUAUUGAAGAGAAUAGUUUGGAUUCAUUACCAUUCUCGGUUUCAGAAACUGAUAUUUCAAAUUCAAGUACCACUGUUAGUGGCCCCAUAAGUACUACUAUGAGUGUUAGCAACAGUGAUAAUUCAUCUUCUGGUAGUAGUGAAAAUGUCAGUGAUAGUCUUAAUGAAAGUAUAGAUGAUUGUGGUGGUGAAGAAGUCCCAGAAGAAGAUUAUAAUAUGGAAAAUAUCUGUAAGAUUGAUUCUGACAAAUCAUGUUCUGAUAUAUUGAGUAAAGUUCUUCCAGGAACAAUAAAUCUUUAUCACUUUUAUGAUCCUGUUUUAUAUGAGGGUAAGAUAAGGAAAUAUUCACCACCGAUGACAUGGUUAUCAUUCUUUCAUUGUGAUAAAUUCAUGAAAAUCACCAGAAAAGUUACUUUCAAUGAUUUAUCGUUAGAUAAUAAACUUUUAUUCUUUAAUCAACUAGCAGACGCUGGAUGUGAGCACCAGUUGGAAAAGAUGUUUAUUAUCAAAUAUCAUGAUGAUGAAGGAUAUGAAGAUUUCAAAAGUUUGAAUGAUGUGUUUGAUGAUGAAUUAAGUAAUAAUAGGAAAAUCAUACUGUUGAAUUCAAUUUCAUUCCAAGAUAGUUUUACUGAUAAGAAACUACAGAACUUUGAAAAGUUCAAUCUUAUAAGUAAAAUUCAUUUCAUACUACCUAAACAUGAAGUCAUUGAAAUACUAUUGAACCGAUUUUUCAAACUAAUAUACCCCUUUAUCCCCAUAAUUGAUGAAGAUGAUUUCAGAAGUAACAUUGAAAGGAUACUAAAUUCUCAUAAGUUGAAAAUCAAAGAGAAAAUAGAUCUUAGUUAUAUUGGGAUACUUUUGAUCAUUUUAAGAUUAUCAUAUUUAUCGAUCUUUUCCUUACUUAAAGAUGAAUAUAAUGAAUUAUUUGAGACCCCAGAUAAUAUCGAGAUCAUUAAGUCCAACCCUAUCAAUCUAGAUGCCAUUGAAGUAGCUCAAGAAUGUUCGAAAUAUUUCAAUCUCUUGAGUUAUAACGAUUUGAGAAUACUUCAGCUUGGUCUAUUCUUACGGAAUUAUGAGAUAUUCGGUCCUGAAUAUGGAUUAGGAGCUAAAAGUAAUGAAACUUAUAGUUUCGAUAUUGUUUUGAAUAGACUAGCAAAUAAUCUAGGGUUAUUCAAUGAAUUUAAUUUCAGUAAUGAUAAUUUAAAGUUGGCUAAUUUAAAAAGAAAGAUUUCAAUUUAUAUAUAUUCUAAUAAUUCCAUUGUUUCAGGAGUUGUAUCAUCAAAUUUCAUCAGCCAUUCUAUCAAUAUCAAAAUUCCGGCUUAUAAUACAGAGAAUAGUAAUAAUAGAUCACCUGAAAUUGAAAAUGUUACCAUAAAACUACUUAAUAUUUGUCUUGGAGGUAAAAGAAUUGUUAAAACAUGUAAUGAAUUCUUUGAAAAAUUCAAUUUUAAUGAUACAAACAAUAAAAAGAAUCAAUUCAAUCAUCUUAUCAAUACCAUCCUAACUGAUGAUAUGAAAUCUCAAAAUGGUGCCAGAUAUAAAGCUAUAAGUAACACUUUUAUAUUACAAUUCAAAAUCACCGUCCAAGUACUUAAUUUAUCAGUACUUUUCCAUGUCUUCAAUGGUAUUCAAGACCCUUCUAUAAGGAUCACUUUUUUAGAUCGAUUGAUCUACUAUAUAUUUAAAAAGACUAUACCCAUAAUCACCAUCAUAUUUAAGAAGAAAAAUGAAUUAACCAACGUCAAUGAUCUCAUAUUUAUACCCAAUUUACUUCAUCUACUCCAUAGAAUUUUCAUCAUCUUGUUAUCAUUAAUGAUAAGACUAAAGCUAUUAAACAUUAAAUUAGUUAAAGAGAAUAACAUGAAUCAAUUAUACCGUUUAAAUCUUCAAUUGAUUGAUUUGAUCAAUUCUUCGUUUACAAAACUAUUGAAGGUAAUUCAUAAUUUAUCUCACAGAUAUUAUUAUGCUUGGAGAACGUUCAAGAUUCAAAAUUACUUUUUAAGAUGUAUAAAUUUACUUGACUUACCAUCAAUAUUCGAAUGUGAAUUACAAAAUGAUGAUAAUUAUUUCGGUGUUAGUGAACAAUUACUCGAAUCUUGGAUUUGUAUGGUGGUUAAUUUUACCAAAGAUCAAUGA